ACACAAACACAAUUUGAGUUACACGUCAAAUGGUUGAUGGUGUUAUCCGAAUAAAAUGUACAAUAUUUGUCGUAAAAAGUGAUAAAAUUUAAUUAUAGUGCAUUGUAAUUUAAUUAACAAACACGCGGGAUCAUUUGGAUGUGUAUACGUAGUCAUACAAUCAUUCCUUAGUUAUCAACUUUUAUGUUUUAAAAUAGGCUAAGCUUAUCACAAAAUGGGUGGUUUGUUCAGUUACUUUAGGGGGUUGCUAGGCGCCAGGGAAAUGAGGAUUUUGAUUCUGGGUUUGGACGGCGCCGGAAAGACAACAAUUUUAUACAAACUUCAAGUUGGAGAGGUAGUGACCACUAUACCAACGAUUGGCUUCAACGUAGAACAAGUCACAUACAAAAACCUUAAAUUCCAAGUAUGGGAUCUUGGAGGGCAAACAAGUAUCAGGCCUUACUGGCGAUGUUACUAUGGGAACACAGAUGCGAUAAUUUACGUUGUAGAUUCUGCAGAUAGAGAUCGAAUAGGAAUAUCAAAAGAUGAACUUGUGCAUAUGUUAAGAGAAGAAGAGCUAGCGAACGCGAUCCUUGUGGUCCUAGCCAACAAGCAGGACAUGGCGGGCUGCCUGACGGUAGCCGAGGUGCACCAGGCCUUGGGGCUGGACGCGCUGCGCGACCGAACCUUCCAGAUCUUUAAGACGUCGGCCGUACGUGGCGAGGGCCUCGACCAGGCCAUGGACUGGCUGUCUAACGCGCUGCAGGCCAGGAAAUAACAGCGGAUGUAGGCUAUGUCUGAGAACACAAGAAACAAAUGGGACUUGCUGGACUGAGUGUGUGAGAGGGGCAGAGAUAAUUAUUUAGUCACCCGUAACGCCAUUAGUUUUAGUACUUAGCGUCGCCGCCGAAACGCUUGUCUAUGGUAAUGUCUAUGCUAUUUCUAUUAUUCAACUGGUAUGAAUGGAUCGAAACUAAUAUUAUGUUACAGUAUUAUUUUCAUAAAUAUUAGGGAGUUUAAUCAUCAGUAACUAGGGUCGAAGCUUUCGCAAGUUUGCGGACUGAUACAUUUCUUGGUAAAAACUACUAUAACAAAUCGAUAAAUGCCGAUGUCAAUUAUAUGACCAAGCAAGAAUGGCAAAGAGAUAUGAUCAACUUUACAAGUAAACCUAGACAUGCUAGUUCCUCACCCUAUUUUACUUGAUUGUGCUCACACAUUCGUUUGUUUAUUCAGUCCUUCAAUUUCUCGAUCCAUUCAUGCCAGAUUUUGUAAAUUUUUACAUAGCAAAGUUGGAAGCUGAAAUGUUUCAAACAUAUUAAAGGUUUAAUCGAACUUGACGAACCAGAAGUUGUCUCAUACCUGGCCAUCAGUAGUUUCUAUGAGACGAUCCUGAACCCGAAAUCAAGUUAUCGUUUCUCUAAACUGAUAUGCAUUAAACAUAAUAAAUUAUAUUUCGAAAUAAAUAAAAAUUCUAAGAUGCUUCUGAACGUCGUUCGUUAUUGACCGUCUUGGCUUGGCGACGCCUUACCGUCAAACACAACUUUCAAAAAGAUACAUAAUAACUGAAACCGUAUAAUAUGAUUUUUCGUUGAUUCUAAUAAUUAUUACGGCGUUAUCAUUCAUUCCUGCUGAUCUACAAAAUGUUCAGCGUAAAUCAAUCCGCUUUGGGAUUAUGCGAGUACUAUGAAAUGUUUCGCCUUAAGCGAAUCAAGGCUUCUCUGUCAAGGAUCGCACUAAAUCCAACGGGUUACAGUUAGUAAUAAUUACGAAUAGGUAGUCAAAAGCUAGCUUCAUUGUCUUAAACGAGUGAAACUUAGUUUUGACACAUAGAGGGCGCCACUUUGUAUGCAACAUCCAAUGGCAGCGCGAUAUAGCUUGGAAGUGAGCUUGUGAUAUUUAUUUUGAAUAGAUAAAACGGAUACGUGUGUUUUAUCAUGUAAAGUAUCAUGCACAUUUGUAUGAAAUGCGUGACGAAUUACUUGAAGAUGUUCAUAUAGCUAUAGUCUCGUGAGUAUUCUUAUAUUGCAAUGUUUGAUCGAUUGUUAUAUUAAAUGUAUGCUUAUUUUAUUUAUUACAAAGGAUAAUCAAUUCAUAUUUAUAGUACUAUGUGUACGUUAUAAUAAAUAAUGGGUCAUAAAUACCAAUAUUUAAAUAAUAGCAAUAUAAUUAUAAUAUUUCGUAAGUAUUCUCUAUUGUAUGUUAUUUUAUUCAAAGAACCUGUCAGCAGUUAUGAUUCCACUUAUUUAUGUAUACAUUUUUGUUUAUAAUACAUAAUAUACCACAUCCAAUUUAUCUGCACAAGCAAGUAUUUGUUGAAAAUUGAAUAGUAGAAAGUAUUUUAAACAAGUUUCCAGCAUGACUUAGAUAAGUUAAUUAUAUUGCAUCAUCCUCGAGUCUCCCAGUAUGAAUACUAUUUAUUUAUUUACAUAGGAAAGUUUGGCGGCGACGCGUUUUAUCUAAAUGAAAUAAAUUGUUUUGUAGGGGGUCGAUGCGGAGAAGGAUGUACCUAUACAUAAGUUAUUAUUAAUUACAAUUAAUUAAUAUAUAUUUUGUAUCAGUGACGUUCACCAAGCUAAUUUAUAUUCUAUUGCGGUAAGAGAGAAAGAUUGUUCCAAAUACAAUAUCAUAAAUUAA